AAACCGUUUAAAAGGAAAAGGCAACGAAAGAGAACAAAGAAAAUUAUUGUUUUUUAAUGUUUUACUACUAAGUAUUGUGUUUAAAAGUGUAAUUGUGUUUCAUAAACUGGUUUCAAGGUUUAUAUUUUGUUGAAACUAUAGAAAUAACUGUAUUUGUAGGAUACAUGCACGAUAAUUUCGAUAAUAUUUAGCAUGGUGUUCACUGUUCAGUACGUUGGAGAUGUUCAUAACGUUCAGUCGGUUCAGUGUUAUGAUAUCGAAUUUUAUUAUAUGAAGAUAAAUGUUUCUACUACUGCUACUUAAUUAAUCGUAAAGUGUGAAAAAUGACGAUUAUAGACUACUUUCAAUCAUUAUCAGACAAUCCGUACUUUGGUGCUGGAUUUGGAUUAGUCGGCCUUGGUGCCGGUGCGGCUAUAUUGCGAAAAGGCGCACUUGUAGGUACUACACUUUUUAGACGUCAUUACAUGAUAACACUCGAAGUACCAUGUCGUGACAAGAGUUAUCAAUGGUUAUUGCAGUGGAUCACUUACAAGGGUGCAAAGAAAACGCAGCAUCUUUCAGUGGAAACAACUUUUGAACAAAAGGAAACUGGAGAUGUAAAAACUAAAUAUGCUUUUAUACCGAGUGUUGGAACUCACUUCUUCAGGUAUAAAAACAAAUGGAUUAAAGUUGACAGAACACGAGAACAACAAACUCUUGAUCUACACAUGGGACUUCCGUUUGAAACUGUACAACUCACAUCUUUUGGAACAGAUAAAAAUCUGUAUUUUAAUAUCCUUGAAGAAGCCAGAUGCAUGGCUUUAAAGGAACACGAAGGAAAAACUAUAAUGUACACUGCAAUGGGAAGUGAUUGGAGACAAUUUGGACAUCCCAGAAAACGAAGGCCGUUGCAGUCAGUUAUUCUCGACACCGGUAUUGCUGAUAGACUGCUAACCGAUUGUCGAGAAUUCAUAAAACAUCCCGAAUGGUACGGUGAUAGAGGAAUUCCAUACCGAAGGGGAUACUUGCUCCAUGGUCCGCCUGGAUGUGGAAAAUCAUCAUUUAUCACUGCUCUGGCUGGAGAACUAGAACGUGCCAUUUGUGUAUUAAAUUUGUCAGAGCGCAGUUUAACGGAUGACAGAUUAAAUCAUUUGUUAGCUGUUGCUCCACAGCAGAGUAUCAUUUUAUUGGAAGAUAUCGAUGCCGCUUUCGUCAGCAGAGAAGAAUCUUCAAAAGUAAAGGCAGCUUAUGAUGGACUGAAUAGAGUCACUUUCAGUGGUUUAUUAAAUUGUCUCGAUGGAGUGGCUUCCACAGAGGCACGAAUUCUAUUCAUGACAACCAAUUAUUUGGAAAGAUUGGAUCCCGCUCUUGUAAGACCCGGAAGAGUUGACGUCAAGGAGUAUAUAGGUUGGUGCACAUUUGAGCAAGUUGAGCAAAUGUUUCUCAAGUUUUAUAAAGAGGCACCUCAGGAAAUGGCCAAAGAAUUUGCAGAUAAAGUAAUGUUGCAAAAGGCAACUGUCAGUCCAGCUCAAAUACAAGGAUUUUUCAUGUUCCACAAAAACGAUCCAGGAAAAGUAAUUGACAACGUUUCGCAAAUGUGGGAUCUUACGUAAAGGUCCCAUUGGUUGCAUAGGUGUUGGACACGGAGGAGAUACUUGUUGAUCAGUAGGCAUUGGCUGUGAAUGCUGAAGUGUAGGAGGCGAGGAUAGAGUGUGUAAUGGUUGCAUUAUUGAGGGUGCCGGAACGUAAGGU